CGAACCGCACGCACGCGCCGUCUCCGUCCGUGUCCGAACCAGUGCUGUCUCGAGUCAGUGUCCAUUCUCCGACCAUUGGUGGCAACAAAAUUACAACAAUGAGGCCGUCAAUGUACCUGAUCGCCGUGUGCGCAGCCCUAGUCGCGGUGAACGCUGCGCCGGCGCCGGAGCCGAACCCAGACCCGCAACCCAGCCCGGUGGCCAACCCACAGCCCGGCCAGGACGACAGGCCAGAAAUCAUUGAAAUAAUCGCCCCAGCUGCAAGUGCACAGGAAACGCUAGCAACAUUGAACCUGGGUGCUCCAGGUUCUGAACUAAGCGAACGAAACAAACGCACCAUUGGGAUCCUCAGGCAGCUCUUCCCGACUCUUACACAGAUAAUCGAACAAAAAGUACAGCAGAUCACAAGCAUGGUGCUUCAGACCUUCGGCCCCGUAGUUCUCAGGGCGUUCCUCGGGAACCGCAACGGUGGAGGCAACACCGGCGGCGGGGGCGGCACCGUCGAACUGGACGAUGAUGAAGACGACGACGAUACAGAACCUGUCACACCUACAACUACAACGACGACAGAAGCAGCGAAAACAGAAGAAACGACUGAGGCGAGAAGAAGAAAGCGAGCGUUAUUCUUCUUGCCGAACGCGAUAGCUGAAGACCAAAAUUCGUUGCUGUCGGGAGCAGAGUCUCAGCAAGCGGAAGUACGAGUAGCCUUUGGGGAAGGCGGCCAGGACCAACAGGUGGCUGCGAGUGAAGACCAGCAGACGGCGGCACAGACCAACUCGGCCAGCAUCGACGAGAUCACUCUCGAUGAUGCUGACAAUAGCGAAGAAAACAGAAACAAGAGAUUCUUACUUGGAAACCAAGGCGCGUCCUCUGGCGGCGGCUCCGGCAACUUCUUAUUCGACAUCGUCAGGUUGGUAGCCGGAUCAUCAUCUGGAGCAGGUGACACAGGAGCCCCCGCGGAAGGUGAUGAUGCCACUGCAGCCAAAGGAGACAACCUUACCGAAGGUGUUCCUGGCCCCAUCACGAGGCUAUUCAUCAUAGCCAACAGAGGCAUAGCUAACCUCAUCCAGGACUUGAUCCUUCGUAUCGCGCAGACCUCAGAGAGGAUAGUCAACUUCAAGGCACGACUGAUUACCUCCAUCAUUUAACGCGGUUGCGAGUAGAGAAAUAUCCUAGUUUAGAGUUAAGGUAGACGCAUGGACCUACAAAGGGUGGACGCGUCUUUUAAAAACCUAAACGUCAAGCCAGGUUUAACAACCACAAGUGAUUAGUCAUUCAAGACGUCUACUGAUGUCUGUGAUAAGUUCAAGUUCCAUUCAUCGCCACAAAAAUUAACCUUCCUCAUUUUAUUCGCAUUCCAUCAACUUAAGUUCUUGAUUACACUUGUGGUUGUUUUAUAUAAGGACAAUUAGUUUAAUAGGUAUUUUGGGAUUGGCUUUCGAAUCUGGUUUGGUUGUUCCUUGAGGCGCGUCGUCUCUUGAUGUAGGUCCAUGAUAGUGAGCUGCGUCAGGGGCAUACCGUUCGGCCACGAAGACGGUCUGCGGCAGGUAUCCGCUGUAUUUUUCCAUCGGAGAUGUAAAAUCGCUUAGGUUUCAGCGCAAACGUUUCUCGUGGCCAAUGUGUGUCUGCGGGCGGUGGCGUGGCGCGCGUUGCCCGGCGCCGCCGCCAAAAAUGCUCAAGCUUUUUUUAUAAUGUGACAAUCUUGAUUCGUUUUUAUGUUUGUAAAUAUGUAUUAUAGCGGAAUUUUUGUAUAAAAUAAAACAAUAGUUAAAUUAUA